CGUCAGAGUGCAUAGACUCGGAGAAGCCUCGAGGCUCUCCACCUGCGGUGGCCAAAGCCGCCAUGCGUACGGUGCGCUUUGGCCUCGGACCGUCAAGUCGUCGACUGUGGGACCUGUGUAAGCAACCGCACUUUGACCUGUCUUACCGGUUUCUGCGCCUCUGCACAAAAGAUAGAAUCCGUAUGUCAUAGCCUCUGGAAUGAUCUUGGUGGGUCCUACAAAAGGCGUGUAGGUCCACCCCAAUCCGCCCACCCACCUCCAACUUCAACGCUUAGAGUACGAGAUGUCCCCGGUGGCCCCCCUCGUUCGACAGAUAUUACCUCGCAAAGGCGGUGGCGGAGGGCAUGGUGGAGGAGAUGGUGGCGGCGGGGAUGGCGGCCACGGAGGCGACGCUGGUGAUAGUGGAAGCGAAGGGGAGAGCAGCGCGGAGGACGUGCCCGUCUCCGGCGCGACGGACGGCGAGUCUGACGCGGAGGCGUAUGGCUCGGGCGGGGGCAGCUCUUCGGUGAUACCUUCGGGCCAGCCGUUCGCGGGGCGAGCGAGCGGUGGCGGGACGCGUGGGGAGGUGUACGGAACAUAUGAAUAUGGCAGUGGUUAUCCGGGUUUGCCUGCCGGCACUGUUUCCGGCAGAGGAUUCCCCUUCGUGUACUGGCCAGUCAUAUGGCACAGUCCGGGAUACGGGGCGCCAUAUCUCUACGAUCCAGAGUACGGUACACCGUGGAACACGAGCCGACCCGGCGGCCCGCUCGCGGAGGCGACCUUCGCGUCCAAAUCGGCCAACAGCACGUUCUACGUGAUCUCCGACAAGAGCACCGUCGCCUCGCUCAUCACCUCCGUCUCGAAGAACUGCACGCUCGGCGGCGGGUCCUCGGCCGCGCCUUCGGCGUUCAACGCCACCGCGUCCGAGCCGCAGCCCGAGCAGGCGGUGCAGUACUACCGCGCGAGCAGCGUCGUCUUGCUCCUGGACGGGUACAACAACACCAACGCGCUCGCGGAGGGUGGGGGCGAUGCGAGCGCUACCGCGGUGGCGCUGCCCGACUGGGUGGACCACAGUCUGCUGGCAUGCCUGCACGACACGAUCGGCGGGGCCGUCCCUCUUUUCUCUGGUGGCGCACCCGCGAGGGCGCAUGCGCCCAACUUCGCGGUGCUGAUUGUCAUGUGGUGGUUCUUGUGGAGGCUUUGCGACGAGGCUUAACAAGCCGUGUGGUUGUCCUUUCUUGUCGAUGUUGAUGAUAUUGUCUUCUCGUGUGAUGGUCUACGGUAUGGUCUGUAUAAGCAGCACGAUAAUCACCGGUGUAAUGUGUAUCCCACCGUUGGACCGCUCUAUGAUAGCUCAUAACAACUCACAGAUUCGACGCAU